UGCGCGUAGUUCGUGGCUUCGCGCUGGGCCUUUCGCUCCGUGUGGCGCGGCGCAGAUGUCGUCACCGCCAGCUCCCGGGGCUGGAGGACAGAGCAGCCCGUUCAGUUGCCGGUGCCGGCCUAGCGUCCUGGAAUUACUUCGCUCUAGAGCGAGAACUCGAGCAGCGCCAUGAGCAACACUACCGUCGUCCCCAGCACUGCGGGCCCGGGCCCCAGCGGCGGGCCGGGUGGCGGAGGUGGCGGCGGAGGCGGUGGCACCGAGGUAAUCCAGGUGACUAAUGUCUCCCCGAGCGCUAGCUCUGAGCAGAUGCGGACUCUCUUCGGUUUCCUAGGCAAGAUCGACGAACUGCGCCUCUUCCCGCCGGAUGAUUCACCUUUGCCAGUCUCAUCUCGUGUCUGCUUUGUUAAGUUCCAUGAUCCGGACUCAGCAGUUGUGGCACAGCAUCUGACAAAUACUGUAUUCGUUGACAGAGCUUUGAUAGUCGUACCAUAUGCAGAAGGAGUUAUUCCUGAUGAGACUAAGGCUUUGUCUCUGUUGGCACCAGCAAAUGCAGUGGCAGGUCUUCUGCCUGGUGGUGGACUCCUGCCUACACCUAACCCACUUACCCAGAUUGGCGCUGUUCCAUUGGCUGCUUUGGGAGCUCCUACUCUUGAUCCUGCCCUUGCUGCACUUGGGCUUCCUGGAGCAAACUUGAACUCUCAGUCUCUUGCCGCAGAUCAGUUGCUGAAGCUUAUGAGCACUGUUGAUCCCAAGUUGAAUCAUGUAGCUGCUGGUCUGGUUUCACCAAAUCUGAAAUCAGAUACCUCUAGUAAAGAAAUAGAGGAAGCUAUGAAAAGAGUACGUGAAGCACAGUCCUUGAUUUCUGCUGCUAUUGAACCAGAUAAGAAAGAAGAAAAAAGAAGGCAUUCAAGAUCAAGAUCACGUUCUAGGAGGAGGCGGACUCCCUCAUCUUCUAGACACAGGCGAUCAAGAAGCAGGUCAAGGAGGCGAUCACAUUCUAAGUCAAGGAGUAGACGACGAUCCAAAAGUCCAAGACGGAGAAGAUCUCAUUCCAGAGAAAGAGGUAGAAGGUCAAGAAGCACAUCAAAAACCAGAGAUAAAAAGAAGGAAGACAAAGAAAAGAAACGUUCCAAAACACCACCAAAAAGUUACAGCACAGCCAGACGUUCGAGAAGUGCAAGCAGUUUGCACGUUUGUGUUUCUAGAGAGAGACGACGAAGAAGAAGCAGGAGUGGAACAAGAUCUCCUAAAAAGCCUAGGUCUCCUAAAAGAAAAUUAUCUCGCUCACCAUCCCCUAGGAGACAUAAAAAGGAGAAGAAGAAAGAUAAAGACAAAGAAAGAAGCAGAGAUGAACGGGAACGAUCAACAAGCAAAAAGAAAAAGAGUAAAGAUAAGGAGAAGGACCGGGAAAGAAAAUCAGAGAGUGAUAAAGAUGUAAAACAGGUUACACGGGAUUACGAUGAAGAGGAACAGGGGUAUGACAGCGAGAAAGAGAAAAAAGAGGAGAAGAAACCAACAGAAACAGGUUCCCCUAAAACAAAGGAAUGUUCUGUAGAAAAGGGAACCGGUGAUUCACUAAGAGAAUCCAAAGUGAAUGGGGACGAUCAUCAUGAAGAAGACAUGGAUAUGAGUGACUGAGUACUGCCUCUGUGGGAGUCCAACUGUAUACAUGCAUCAGUGUCAUUCCUUUGUGUGAUUUAUUAAUGCUGUAUUUGUUCAUCUCAAUCCUAGAUGUAUACAGCUGAGUUAUAAAUGGUUAUAAAGCUCCUGAUAUUGAUAUUAGUUAUUUACAUCAAAAAGCUUUUAGAAAAUGGUACAUGGGUAACCAGCUCUUGUCGUGGUGAAAUCUGAUUGAGUAACCAAGCAGUUUUACUAUUCUGGUGCUGCUUCAUAACAAAAGUGAAAAGCUGCAUGCAUCUACAGCAGGCAUGGAUUGUUUAUGUUGUAUGAUCUCCUUUAUUACGUAAGUUCACUUAUAGUAUUUCUAGAAUUUGAUUCAUUGCCGUAAUAGAGCCAUGUAGGGAAUGCACUGAUUGCAUGUUAUUGUGGCAAGAAUAUCCUAAAUGUCAUUAAAAUCCUCCAACAUGAUGGAUCUACUUAUGGUCUUGUUUGUUGACAUGACAAAUUAACAUUCUUAGAGUUACAUCUGGAAAUGAGCAUCUGAAAUAGAUAAUCCUAUAAGCCUUGUGGCUCAAUUUUUGUGGCUUUUGUUUAACUUUUGAAAGGUUAUAUAUGCACUAACCUUUUUUGAUGGCUAAUUAGGCUUUAAUUACAGAAACAACAUUUCAAAUAAAACUGUCUUUGACGGUGAGUAAAUAGCAACAUUUUGAAGUAGAGUUGUGUACUUUUUCAUGGGUGUUUGGGAAUUUUUUUCCUAACGUAAUUUAUUCCAUAUCUACAUCAGUGAAAGUUAUCCGCCUAUCCUGAGUCCACCUGUAAAAGAAAGUUGUAUCUUGUCCUGAUUUUCAAUUUUUCUUUUUGUUUUAAGCUCACUUAUGGAAAAAGGGGUAGUGCAUUUUAAAUUGACCUUCGAUGCUUUUAAAAUAAGAUAGGUCUACUUGAUAAUGUACUUUUAUUUGAUCUCAAGUUGUACAAAACCAAGAAAUUUUGUGUUACUAUUACUAUAGUAGUAAUCUUAAUGCACACAGUGAUUCCAUGUUAUAUGCAAAGUAGUUAGGCAACUGUUUUUCUUAGUUACAGGAGUUUCGGGCUUCACUUUUGUGCAGUAAAAACAAAAGUAGGCUACAGUCUGUGCCAUGUUGAUGUACAGUUUCUGAAAUUGUUUUACAAGACUUUGAUAAUAAAACCCUUAAACUUA